UCUGCGCAUCCUCCGCGGGCUCUCCCUCUGCACACCCUGGGACUCGGUUCCCCUCGACGCCGACACGCGCACACACACUCGUCGGUCCGCUCCCUGCACCACUCGUGUCGGUCUCUCGGAGGCCCGCACGCCCACGGCUGAGCCUCCUGCGCGGGACGCAGCGCUACGGGUGAUCCGGUUCGGCCAUGGCGCAGCCGAGGGAACCAGGACGGAUACGGCUCGGAUGAAGGACGCGCUUCGCAUCGGAUAAACCCGGGAGCUCCAUCGGCUUCCUCUCGUGAAUUCUAAACUCGGCCCCCCGGGACGCCGCCGGUCCCCGCGCCUCACUUUGGGCAACACCCUGCCCAGAAUAGCCCGCUGUGUGCCCCCGCAGUAUAAUCCGGAGGGGCGGUGUAAACAGCGCCAGCAGCAGCCAUGAUGGAUGCGUCGGAGUGCGGCGUGAGGGUGAUGUGCCGCUUCAGGCCCCUGAACCAGGCCGAGAUCAACCGGGGGGACAAAUACAUCCCCAAAUUCAAAGAGGACGACACGGUGAUCAUAACGAGCAAACCGUACGUGUUCGACCGCGUGCUGCCGCCCAACACGUCCCAGGGACAGGUCUACGACCAGUGUGCCAAGCAGAUCGUCAAAGAUGUGCUGGGCGGUUACAACGGAACCAUCUUCGCCUACGGACAGACGUCCUCCGGGAAGACGCACACCAUGGAGGGCAAACUGCACGACCACCAGCUGAUGGGGAUCAUCCCUCGCAUCGCCCAGGACAUCUUUGACCACAUCUACUCCAUGGACGAGAACCUGGAGUUUCACAUCAAGGUUUCCUAUUUUGAAAUCUACAUGGACAAGAUCCGAGACCUGCUGGACGUGUCGAAGACGAACCUCGCCGUGCACGAGGACAAGAACAGAGUUCCCUACGUGAAGGGUUGUACAGAGCGCUUCGUGUCCAGUCCGGAGGAGGUCAUGGACGUCAUCGACGAGGGCAAAAACAAUCGGCACGUGGCAGUGACCAACAUGAACGAGCACAGCUCUCGCAGCCACAGCAUCUUCCUCAUCAACAUCAAGCAGGAGAACAUGGAGACGGAGAAGAAGCUGUCGGGGAAGCUGUACCUGGUGGACCUGGCGGGCAGCGAGAAGGUCAGCAAGACGGGAGCCGAGGGCGCCGUGCUGGACGAGGCCAAGAACAUCAACAAGUCUCUGUCGGCGCUGGGCAACGUCAUCUCGGCGCUCGCCGAGGCAACGAAAUCCCACGUGCCCUACAGGGACAGCAAGAUGACCCGCAUCCUGCAGGACUCUCUGGGGGGGAACUGCCGCACCACCAUCAUCAUCUGCUGCUCGCCGUCCGUCUACAACGAGUCCGAGACCAAGUCCACGCUCAUGUUCGGACAGAGAGCCAAGACCAUCAAGAACACGGUGUCCGUGAACCUGGAGCUGACGGCCGAGGAGUGGAAGAAGAAGUACGAGAAGCAGAAGGACAAGAACAAGAGCCUGAAGAGCAUCGUCCAGAGGCUGGAGGCGGAGCUUAACCGCUGGAGGAACGGGGAGGAGGUGCCCGAGGAGGAGCAGCUGAGCUCCAAGGAGCAGAAGAGCGCGGAGCCGUGCGACAACACGCCCGUCAUCGACAACCUGGCGCCGCCCGGAGGAGGCGUGGCCGUGUCGGGCGGCGAGCGCGGCCGAUACGAGGAGGACAUCAGCAACCUGUACAAGCAGCUGGACGACAAGGACGAUGAGAUCAACCAACACAGUCAGCUGGCUGAGAAACUCAAGGAUCAGAUGAUGGACCAGGAGGAGCUGCUGGCGUCGACGCGACGCGACUACGAGAAGAUCCAGGAGGAGCUGUGCCGGCUGCAGGCGGAGAACGAGCUGGCCAAGGAGGAGGUGAAGGAGGUGCUGCAGGCCCUGGAGGAGCUGGCCGUCAACUACGACCAGAAGAGCCAGGAGGUGGAGGAGCGGGACCAGAGCAGCCUGCAGCUGGUGGAGGAGCUGCAGCACAAGACGGUGCUGCUGCUGGCCGUGCAGAGGGAGCUCUCUCAGCUGCAGGAGCUGAACGGCCUCCAGAGGAAGAGAGCCGCCGAGGUCCUCAACCUGCUGCUGCGCGACCUCAGCGACAUCGGCGCCAUCAUCGGCGCCAGCGACGCCAAGAUGGCGCCGCCCUCCGAGCCCAAGGGCAACGGCUCGGCGGUGGAGGAGGAGUUCACCGUGGCUCGCCUCUACAUCAGCCGGAUGAGGUCGGAGGUCAAGUCUCUGGUGAACCGCAGCAAGCAGCUGGAGAGCGCACAGGCCGACGCCCACCGCAAGAUCCAGGCCAAUGAGAAGGAGCUGGCAUCCUGCCAGCUUCUCGUUUCCCAGCACCAGGCCAAGAUCAAGUCUCUGACGGACUACAUGCAGAACAUGGAGCAGAAGAAGAGGCAGCUGGAGGAGAGUCAGGACGCCCUGACGGAGGAGCUCACCAAGCUGCAGACGCAGGAGAAGAGACACGAGGUGUCGGAGAAGGAGAAGGAGGACAUCAGCAGACCGGAUGGAGACGAGGACAUCAAGAACUCUCUGGAGGAGCAGCUGGAGAGCCACAGGGAGGCGCACCAGAAGCAGCUGAACCGCCUCCGAGACGAGAUGGAGGACAAGCAGAGGAUGCAGGACCAGCUCACAGAUCUGAACCAGGGUCUGCUGCUGGAGCAGGAGAGGCUCAUGUCGGACUACGACAAGCUGAAGGCCGAAGAGCAGGAGAAGGACGCAAAGCUCCAGAAGCUCAUACUGCUGACUGAUCAGAGCGAGCAGGCCAGAGCGGACCUGAAGGGCCUGGAGGAGACGGUGGCCAAAGAGCUGCAGACUCUGCACAACCUGCGCAAACUCUUCGUCCAGGACCUCACCACGCGGGUGAAGAAGAGUGCGGAGCUGGACUGCGAGGAGGGGCUGGGUAACGUGGCUCAGAAACAGAAGAUCUCCUUCCUGGAGAACAACCUGGAGCAGCUCACCAAGGUCCACAAGCAGCUGGUCCGAGACAACGCAGACCUGCGCUGCGAGCUGCCCAAGCUGGAGAAGCGCCUGCGGGCGACGGCCGAGCGGGUCAAAGCGCUGGAGAACGCCCUGAAGGAGGCCAAGGAGAACGCCAUGAGGGACCGCAAGCGCUACCAGCAGGAAGUGGACCGCAUCAAAGAGGCCGUCCGGGCCAAGAACAUGGCGAGGAGGGGCUUCUCCGCACAGAUCGCAAAGCCCAUCAGACCUGGCCACCAUCCACUGUCAUCCCCCAUCAGCAUCAGAGGGGGCGGAGUCUACGCCCACCACUGAACCAUAAAACCCUGAAGCAUGCCCAUCCUGGAACACAAGCCCCGCCCCUUGGGUGGCCAUCACCACAGACUGCUCAGAACAUCCAUAAUGUGUAUAUACUAUAUGGUGAAAACAUAUUUAAUUUGCAUCCCUCAUUUAGAAAAUGUCCCUGAAUUCAUAUUGUUGCAUAAUUACAAUCUAGAAGAGGCCUGAAGGACAGAAAAGCUCACGUCAUCUCAACCAGCAUUCAGAUCGGGGAUCAGAUGGAUUGAGAUCUUCUCAUUUGCCUCCCAACUAUGAAAAACACUAAGUAUGUCACUGUAGGCCCCAAAUAUAUUCUUAACUGCAGGGCCACUGACCAGCCAAUCAGCUGUCCCCACAGAAGACCCAAAGCUCCUUAUCGGCCAAUCGGAGAGCUUCAAAACCAAUCAAUCCCUCCAAUCUGCCACACCUUGUGCCUUUAGACACUCCUGAACCCCUAAAUUGAAGCUGGCUCCACUUGUGUUUUGGUUGUGGAGGCUCCAGAAUGAACUGCUGACCCCAGGCCAGCUGUAAAAAUGCUUAAAUGUUUUAGUUUGCAUCAAUAAAUCUAUUUCACAUUCAA